CAGGGACGAGACGACUACAAAACGGAUGGAUGAACUGGCGGCAGAGCUGCAGAGAGCCAAUAACAAAGUCUGCCACACUGGUCACCUCCUCAACCAGAUGACCAUCAAGCUGAGCAGCAGUGAGUGCACGCAGCAGCAGAUGAGCUUCCUGAACAAGCACCUGCUGCUCCUAGGGGAGGCACACAAACUCUCCAUGCAGGAGUUGCAGCACGCCGGCCCCAACAGCACAAAGGAGGUCCAGAUGCUCCAGAUGUCUUACGAGAAAGAGGUGGAGACACUGAAGCUGAAUCUGCUGGUUCAGGGACAGAAACUGGAGGCGGCGCAGCAGAGAGUCGGCGAGCUGGAGGCGCACCUCUCCAAAAAGGAGCACCUUAUCGCUGAGCAGAAAAAGUUCCUGGAGGAUGUAAAGUGUCAAGCCAAGGCUGAGCUUCAGGCCUCAGACUGCAGGUAUCGGGCUCAGAGACGGAUCACCCAGCUACUGCCGACUGAACUCCUGCAGCUCUACAGUAGAGUGGAGAUUGAGGCUCCAGCCUGCUGCGCCUCCGCCUCAUCGUCGGGGGGGCAGAGCCGUGACGCAGAGCUGUGCCGAUUCCAGUGUCACAAUGGCAGAUGGACCAGUAGCAACGGCAGCACUUUAUCUCCAGGGCAAAGGCGAGCGGCUCUCCCAGUUCAACCGCUAACUCCAUCAAUGGCAGCCAGGACCUCAUCCCGCCUCUGCUGGUGGAGCCCUCGCUGUCCUGACGCCCCACUCACCGUCGGCUCCUACCCCAGCACGAAAAGCUUCCUGGGUUUGAGGGCGUGCGAGCUUUUCUGCAACAAGAGCGAGAGCCAGUGUGACGAGGAGGAGCCCCUGCUGAGCCUGACCAGCCUUCUGCAGGGGUUGAAGACUGAGCUCUGUGUGGAGCUGCUGUGCACAUAAGACGACAUAGUCAACCCCGCGCCUCCCACUUUUCUGACUCCAUCACCCACACCUGCCACCGCCACAACACAGAGCCCUCUCACUGUGCUGACCAAGGAGCCCCCUUCUCUGUCAAAGCAGCAGUCUUCC